AUGAAGAAGCGGUAUGGAAACUUGGAGAAGUUCACCAUCUUUGUGGCGCUUUUUAUUGUGUGCCUAGCUCCGUUUUUGAUCCGACGUGUCUACGACGGAGGCCGUAACAUCCAUGGGCUUCAGUAUAACCGUACACUCAACCAUAGUGCUGAAGACGACUGGCAGCUCAACAAGAACCUCGGAACCAAGUUCGGCAAGGACUUUCCCUCCCACAAAAAGAAAGGUGACAAGGGGAAUCAGCCAGAUCUUAGCAACUCCGGCGAUGAACACAGGAACGAGGGUGUUGGAGGCCACAAGGCAGGCGAGUCAGUCACGGCCGCAAUGACCACAAUACCACCGAACAAGGCACCAGAAGGCGGUACCCAUGGCACCACAACGAGAAAAACGGAACCGUCCAGUACCAAAAAGUACCUCGAAACGACCGUUAAGCCUAAAGACCCAGACAACAAGGGAACCCGCAAGGCUUCCGUGGACGUCGAAGUCAAGAAGGUCGAGUUGGUGGUUAUAUACGAAUCUCUAUGCCCGUAUAGCAGACGCCUCGUUUACAGCCAGUUGCGGCCGACCUACACCCAGCUUGCGCCCUACAUCAAUUUAACCCUGUUACCGUUCGGCAAGGCCCACGUCAGGACAGAACGUGAUGGUGCCGGCCGCAACAUAACCAAGAUCUCCUGCCAACACGGCGAAAGCGAGUGCGUGGGCAACAAGAUUGAGACGUGCGUCCUGAGGGUGGUCAAGCAAACUGUGACUGCCGUUCAGAUUGUCGCUUGCAUGUCCGAAAACUCGUCUCCACACACAGCCGGCGAGAAGUGUGCUACGGCCUUCGGCGUCAAAUGGAGCUUAAUCGACACCUGCUUUAAGGAACACGGCGAGGAGUACCAACUUCAAGUCGCCGCAAUGACCUGGAAGUACAAGAGUGAAGUGACGCGGGUUCCAAUCGUCGUGAUGAACGGCAAACAGGGUAACUACGUCAACUAUCACGCGCAGAACGACAUGAUAGUUAUUGUGUGCAAUGAGAUAAAAGCUCUGGGUAACGAGGAGCCAAAGGUUUGCCACCAUGAACGGAGUCAACGCCGACGGCGCAAACGCUAA